GUCGUGGCAUCAACACCGUUCAAGGUCGCCUGCUUUUUGUACAGAUAAACACUUAUCUGUUUUUAGUCUUACUGUGGAGUUCUGAAGCGGUACACGCGAGUUUGAAAGAGCUAUAAUGUCGAUCGACCUCUACUACACGGCCGGGUCAGCGCCCUGUCGCCUGGUGUUACUGGUGGCUGCCGCAUUAAACCUCGAACUCAAUCUUAAACCUCUAGACUUAAGGGCCGGAGAACAGCUCACACCAGAAUUCUUACAGCUGAACCCACAACAUACAGUCCCCACGAUCGUAGACGACGGCUUUUCGCUAUGGGAAUCGCGCGCCAUCAGCCGAUACCUGGUCAACAAGUACGGAGGGGCAGCCCUGUACCCUGAGGAUCCGAAGGCCAGGGCUUUGGUGGACCAGAGACUGGACUUCGACUUGGGUACACUGUACCCCAGAUUUGCGACGUACUUUUAUCCCCAAGUCUUCGGCGGUGCUCCUGCUGAUGAAGCCUUGUUGAAGAAGCUGGAAGAAGCUCUCAAGUUCUUGGACACCUUCUUCGAAGGUCAGAAGUAUGCUGCGGGCUCAGAACUGACCUUGGCUGACCUGUCGCUCGUGGCUACUGUGUCUACUAUUGACGCUGCUGGCAUAUCCAUCGAAUCCUACCAGAAUGUCAACAAAUGGUUCGAGUUGGUCAAAUCCACCGCGCCUAAAUACGACGAAGCGAACGGCCAAGGCGUAGAAAUGUUUAGAGCCUUCGUGGCACAACUCAAAGCCAAGACGGAGCUGUAAUCGUGAGACUUAGUGCAUAGUUUUAUAUUAAGUAGAUUGAUACAUAAGUGGAUAAUAAAGUGAAAUUUUAAGUAAAA